CAUCCAGUAAUCACUCACUCACGCCAACAACCCCUCUCUCUCUCUCUCUCUCUCUCUCCUUCAACAGAAAACAACCUUUCCGAUUCCGCCAACCAAUACUCUCUCUCUCUCUCUCUCUCUCCCUCCGGCUCUCUUUAGCCAAUUCUAUAUAUGAUUUUUCUGGGUUUCUGAAAAUUUUGUCGUAUAGGUAGGAAUCAAUUUAUAAAUACAAACUCUCUUUAGCAAUUUGAUUACUGGGUUUUUGAAAUCAUUUGGAAUCAUUUUUUUUUUCUUCAAUUUAUAUAUACAAAUUUUCAAAGAUUUGUAUAUAUAGAUAUGGCGAUGACGGUGGCGCCGACGAGAAAAUCAUCGUCGCUCAACUCGGUGUUCCAGAGAGUUGGGGUUUAUGGAUUUGGCAGCGGAAGCAGCCAGAAGAGAUGCAAGUAUGACAUUCAGGAAGAGGAAGGGACGAUGGAGAUGGUGCAGAUUGGGGCCGAGAGGACCAAGAAUGUGCUGAUCUUGAUGAGUGAUACUGGUGGCGGCCACCGUGCCUCGGCGGAGGCCAUUAGGGAUGCCUUCAGAUUGGAGUUUGGGGAUGAGUAUCAGGUAUUUGUAAAGGAUGUUUGGAAGGAGUAUGCUGGCUGGCCAUUGAAUGACAUGGAAAGAUCAUACAAGUUCAUGGUUAAACAUGUACAGCUUUGGAAGGUUGCGUUUCACAGUACCUCUCCUAAAUGGAUUCACUCCUGCUAUCUUGCGGCCAUUGCUGCCUUCUAUGCCAAGGAGGUCGAGGCUGGUCUUAUGGAGUACAAGCCCGACAUUAUCAUUAGCGUCCACCCUCUCAUGCAACACAUCCCUUUGUGGGUACUUAAAUGGCAAGGUCUACAGCAGAAAGUAAUUUUUGUCUCUGUUAUCACUGACCUUAAUACCUGCCACCGAACCUGGUUUCACCCUGGGGUCAAUCGAUGCUACUGCCCGUCGGAGGAGGUAGCAAAGAGGGCUUUGCUGGAUGGCCUGGAAGAAUCUCAAACACGUGUUUUUGGCUUGCCAAUCCGACCCUCUUUUUGUCGCGCUGUUCUUGUGAAGGAUGAUUUAAGAGUAGAACUUGAGAUGGAUUGCCAAUUGCCUGCGGUUUUGCUUAUGGGAGGUGGCGAAGGAAUGGGUCCUGUGAAAAAAACUGCGAAGGCUCUUGGAGAAACGCUAUUUGACGAAAGGCUUCAGAAACCAAUCGGGCAAUUGAUUAUUAUUUGUGGUCGUAAUAAAGACCUAGCUUCUACGCUGGAAUCACUUGAAUGGAAGAUCCCAGUGAAGGUUAAAGGGUUCCAGACUCAGAUGGAGAAAUGGAUGGGUGCUUGCGAUUGUAUUAUUACAAAAGCGGGACCUGGUACAAUUGCAGAGGCAUUGAUCAGAGGACUUCCUAUUAUUCUAAAUGACUACAUUCCCGGACAAGAAAAGGGAAAUGUUCCCUAUGUAGUCGACAACGGGGCAGGUGUAUUCACCAGAAGUCCCAAGGAAACUGCCAAGCUUGUGGCUGAAUGGUUCAGCACCAAAACAGAUGAACUCAAGAGAAUGUCAGAGAACGCGCUCAAACUUGCUCAACCAAAUGCCGUGUUUGACAUUGUGAAGGACAUUCAUGAGCUUGCAUGCCAACGAGGUCCCCUGGCCAAUAUCCCCUAUGUGUUCACAUCAUCGUUUUCCAGCCUAAUUUAACCAAUCACAUUCUCCUUCAGCGCGACUAACACUUGCGCUAUGAAGAUCACUAUGUACAGGUAGACUUUGAUAAUAUCAUUCUUUGGCCUCAGAGUCUUGGUGCCCAUUAUAAGUUGUAAAAUUUUUUGCUAGACAAGCUCUGAUGUUUGGGAAGGUUUGGAUUUUACUAGUAUAAGAGAGAAUUGUGUUAUGUUGUAUUUAUAGUUUUCUAUGUUGUAGUCUUUUUAUUUUAUAUUUAUAUCCCAUCAAGUGACUUUGGUUUGUUGUUUCUUGAAUUUUCUGUCAUUGAUGACCCUUUCCAACCUUAAAAGGUAAGAGUUUUAGGUCUGUUAUGAGGUUGCUUUGAAGUUUAUGUGAGUGUGUAUUCUAUUAUGUGGGAAUUAUUGCUCGUCUAUAACUAAGAUACUUGUGUAA